AUGCACCGAUCACAAAGAGAAACCAAACACCUGCGAAGAGCUGCGGAGCGUCAGCAGAGACCAACAUGUCAGCUCUCGGGUACUCUCUUUUUAAAGGUGUGAGGGGCUGCUGUUAAACCGUGUGUUUGUCAGAUUCAUUAAUCCCAAACACACCAGUGAAGUUAACAGUCUUUCAGCGGGAAACAGGCCUCCAGCUCUCUCCUCGGCGCGCUCGUUAAAACCACUCUUGGGAUGCCACCUCCUCUCCUCUUCUUCCUCUCUUUUUGGACCAGGUGAUUAGGAACUCACUGAACUUCCUCCUCCUCUUUGCUCUUUCUCUUCGUUCCCUCAGCUCCGGGCGUCGAGGGAAAUGGCGGUAAUCCACCGUCGCUUUGCCAGGUGAGAAGAACAAUGGGGAAAUGGAGGGAAGUAGAAGGUGGGUGCGAUUCAUCAUGUGGCUCCCUCUCAUUUUUAGCGGGAGUACGCCUGGCACAGCUGUUUGAAAUGGCACCUCUCGCCUGCAGACUUUGGGGAAGGGCGCUUUAUGAAGAUGCAUGAGUCGGAAAACAGACUAUUAAAGUUAGUGAGAGUUCAUUAACCUUGUAAAAGUAGGCUCCGGCUCCCAUAAAGCGCCAUAUUUCAGGAUUUCGCCCGUCAUUUUUUAUCAUAAGUGCUCUAGGUGGCCUGAUAGUUCAUUUCACACGUGACAGGCAUUAAAUGAGACAAAGACAAUAGGAGUCGGAGCCGCGCACAUGUGGCGGCUAAUGACUGAUUUUGUGGCCUGUUAUGAAAGAGGAAUUAAACUCAUCUCCUCUUAAACUCUUCCCUUUUUCAGCUCUCAAACUUCACAGCACCACAAGCUGAGUGUAAAUUAGAAAACACAGAAGGUAACCGCAAUCAGGCCCGUUGUUGCCGGGCUAACACGCCUAAUCGUGGACCGCUCAGAGGGGGGUCCAGUGCAGAGCGAUAUGGUGCGAUUGGUCCACAAGGAAAUGGAGGCAAUGAGCGAAGCAGCGUGGCAGCUUUGACUCACAGACAGAGCGAUUAUAGUUUCUCUGCCAUCUGGGUGAGUCAUCUGCUCCCCACCAUCACUGUACACCGGGUCCUUUAACCAUCAUCCUCACCAGACACACUGCUGGAUGUCCCCCCCUUUUGGGCCGCUUCAGGAGGCUUUAUCUUCAAAACAUUGCUGUCGCUGCGGCGCAGAAAUAGCAGCAAUAAAAAUAAAGCGUGAAGAUAACAGAGUCUGGAGGAGUCCCCGAGCUGAGCCUCUGUGCGCGCUCUGCUUUUGA